GCGUGCCGCGCGCAAAACUUUCGCUUGGUGCUGCAGUCCUCUAUGCCUGCUGGGUCUCUGCCCGUAGGCGUUUUACCAGCGUUUCGCACGCGUUCACGCUGGAUUUUGAACACACUCAGCCUUGCUCUUGCAGUCCUGUGCCCGCGUGCGCUGUGCAGCUUUUUUGCUGCCGGCUUUGCAGCAUGCUAGCCUUUUGCAAAAGCAGCACUCGACGAGCGACGCAUUGCCGCAUUGCUCACUUUGAUGAUGCAAGAGCAGUAGCAUAAGCAAGAACAGUAGCCAGCUACCCAGACCUCAGUUCUCCAACGCUUGCAGCAGCACUACACAGCUGAUCAACCACAGAGCGAUGGAGAAGAACUACCUCCGCUACGCGCCGCAGUGGUUCGCGGGCAUCAUCACCUCGCCGCGCGCGCCCGUCGCCGCCCUGCCUAACACCAAAGAAGUGGUCUGCGGCGCUGGCCGCGACGUCGUCUGCUGGCGCGUGAGGACGGGCGAACGCACUCGAACACUGAGACGCGGCGACGAAACCGACUUGGUGGGAGCGUCGCCGCUCGACGGGCCGCGCGGCGAGGUCGUGGCCGUGGCGGCGGCGGUCGACGGAUCCAUCGCGGCCGCCUGCGCGUCCGGUUUAGUGCGCGUGUGGCGGGGCGACGCGGACACGCCCCAGGCCCACGACCACCACCGGGCCGCGGUGCAAGCGCUCCGGUGGUGCCCCUUCGCCGCUACGCUCGUAACGGGCGGCGCGAACGGCGACAUCGUGCUGAUCGACGUCGUCGCGGAGCGCGCGAGUCACAGACUCGUGGGCCACCGCGCCGCCGUCACGGAUCUCGCGUGUCUCGGGGACUGGGCGGCCGGGUCCGAUGGGAGGCGUCUCGUCGCGUCGACGUCGCGCGACGGCCUGAUAAAAAUCUGGGACGCGAGAAUGCAGCACUGCAUACAAACGAUCACGGGCGCCGGCGGCGGCGUGGCUGUGGGUAUUGAUCAUGAUCCAGAAUCGAACCGCGUCGUGACGGGCGCCGGGGACCGGGAGUUGCGGUUGUGGCGCCUGGACGUCGACGCGGAGGCGCCGCUGGACGGGCUCGGUUCCAUAAAACGCCACGCCAUGGAGCCCUGCCAGCAGCUUAGGUUUGUGGCACCUAGAAUCCUGGCGGCCCUGACGCACGGGCGGACGCUGGAGUUGUUUCGGGUACGAGGCGCCGCUGACGCGGCAAAAAAGGCGAAGCGGCGGGCCCGAAGGCGGCGCGAAAAGGGCCUCACCGAUGAGAAUGAUGAAGUGGCCGCGGCGGACGAGCUCGAGCCCCUAUCUAUCAUAACGUCGGAGCACCGGCUGCGCUCCUUCUGUGUUGUUGCCGUGACGUCGUCGACGGUGUCGCUGGUCCUGUCGACGCGGACGAACGAGCUGGAGUUAAGAGACGCGUCAAUAACCUCACAAAUGACGCGCAAGGGCUCCGUCGCGGACGCCGCUGACAACGCGGAGGCCGCGGUGCGGACGUUACAACUGCCCGGCCACCGGUCGGCGGUCCGCGCGGUGGCCGUGUCCGACGACGGCGCCGCCGUCGCUUCGGCGGCGUCGAAGUGCGUGAAGAUCUGGAGCGACGACGCGAGGUUGUUGAGGACGCUCGACGCGGCGAAGGCGGUGCUCGCGGUCGCGUUUUUGCCGGGUGGUAGAAAAUUGGUCGCGGGCCUCAAGAGCGGUGGGUUGUUGGAGGUCGACGCGGCGUCCGGUGACACUAAAGAAGCUAGAGACAGCGACGGUUCCGUGGCCCACGCCGGUGCCGUCCUAGCCCUGGCCGUGUCCGCGACUGCGAUGGACACAACUUGUGUCGUGAGUUGCGGGGGCGACCCGCUGGUGAAACUCUGGACCCAUGGGGAUGACGGUCUCACGCACGCGAAGACCCUACCGAUCGAAGGCGAAGAAUGCCUCGCGGUGGCCUUCGCGCGGGACGCGCGAGGGAGAAAGGACGGCUUCGUCUGCGUCGCGACGACCGACCAUUGUGUCCGGGUGCUGUAUGCGGAUACGUUCAAGUUCAAGGUGUCGCUCUACGGCCAUUCGCUGCCGUGUUUAUGUGUCGGUGGUUCGUCUGAUGGCAAGUUACUCGCGACGGGCUCGUCGGACAAAACUUUAAAAUUGUGGGGCCUCGAGUUCGGCGACCUACGACGGUCGAUAUUAGCCCACGACGACGCCGUGACCGGCCUCCAGUGGCUGCGGGGCACGCAUUACUGCAUCACGACCAGCAAGGACGGCUCUGUCAAACAGUGGGACUGCGACCGGUUGGAGACGCCUUUUGUGCAAUUAUUCAGAAGGGGCCACACGUCCGAGGUUUGGAGUGUCGCUUCGAACCCGGACGGGAGCGCGCUCUACACGGCGGGCGCGGAUCGGGCAUUAAGAUGUUGGGCGCGCACGGACGAGCCCGUCUUCGCGUCCGAGGAGCAGGAUGCGCAACUCGAUGCUACAUUGGAUAAACUAGGCGACGGCCUCGACGAGGUGGCGCAGCCGGGCGCGUCCGGUCACAUCAUACCGGCCAAGACGUCGCACGCGGCCCAGAAGGGUGCGGAAAGAAUAGCCGAGGCGCUGGAACUGGCGCAGGGCGAGGCUGCCGUCCGAGCGGCUGCGCUCGAGAAGGGGACCCAACCGCCGGCGCCGUCUCCACUAUUGCUCGGCAUGGCGCCGCGGAGAUAUGUCCUGAGAAGGUUAGGUGAUUUGACGAGCGCGGCGGACCUGGAGCCGGCUCUAUUAGUGUUACCGGUGGAUCUGGUGGCCGUGUUGCUGGAGUUCCUCGCCGACGCGUUGGACGGCGACGAGAGUGUGGACGUUGAACUCUGCGCGCGGGCGGCGGCUCUAUCUCUCAAACUGCACGCGCGGGAAGUGAGCGCGCACGCGCCGUUGAGGCGGCCUCUCCUGAAGCUCCGCGACGCGCUCCGGAAGCGCCUAGAUGCGGAACGGGCGCUCUUCGGGCGCAACCUGGCGGCGUGUCGCAUCGCGAAGCUGCGUUCAUAACUAAGUAUUGUACGACCCAC